UUCACUUAGUUUGGUUUCCUGCCAGCGCACCUGUUUUCCUUUUAUAAUCAAGGCCAUCUAGGUUCACCUGUUGCUCCCUGGAUUAUCCUGUCCCGGUGGCGCAUGUUGGCUGAAGGCGUGACCCCAGGAUGCGAAGACUUCAAAGCGGCGUGCAGUGGUCUGCAAGAGAGGAGCCUGGUGAAUUCCAAAUGUGUGUGCAACAUGUGCACUGUGGCAGCAUCCUGAAAAGUGGAUGCGGCGGUCACGUGAUGUGGAUCAGAGGGAGCGACGCCUUAUAAAAAGUGCUGUGGAGAGAGAGAAAAAUCCAACAAAAUGGCUCAUUUUCAUAAAUUUUUUAAUUUUUAAUUUUGCACAAGUGUAUUGGAGGCUUAAUGUUGCACUUCUGAUUUGGAUUAACGCGCGAAGAUAAAGGGCGGUUCUGGGAAUUAUGUAAGGUUUCUGUCAGCUCUUGGCGCUCUCCUUCACAUUCAGCCAUGAAGUCUGUGCUGGACGCGGUGGCGGACACCACCUUCCGGACUAUCACAUCCGGUUUACAAUAUCUGGGCUCCAACGACGCCAACUACGACGGGCCCGUCAGCGACGUGGACUUCAAAGGCACCUUCACCCUCCAGAAGCCUAUCUCCGCGUUCCGCAGCAACUCCUUCCCAGACAAGGUCCCCGCCGACGAGGAGCUGAUCCUCCGCGGCGUCCUCCCCUUCUUCCCCACCAACGCCACGGAGCUCCUGUCCAACCGCAGCUCCUUCCGCGACGAGGGCGACAGCAUCCAGUGCGGGGAGAACUUCAUGGACAUGGAGUGCUUCAUGAUCUUGACGCCCAGCCAGCAGCUGGCCGUGGCCGUCAUGUCGCUGACCUUGGGGACCUUCACCGUGCUGGAGAACCUGGUGGUGCUGUGCGUGAUCCUGCAGUCACGCACGCUGCGCUGCCGGCCCUCCUACCACUUCAUCGGCAGCCUGGCCGUGGCCGACCUGCUGGGGAGCGUCAUCUUCGCCUACAGCUUCCUGGACUUCCACGUGUUCCACAGGAAGGACACUCCCAACGUGUUUCUCUUCAAGCUGGGCGGGGUCACGGCGUCCUUCACCGCCUCCGUGGGCAGCCUCUUCCUCACCGCCAUCGACCGCUACAUCUCCAUCCACCGACCGUUGGCCUACAGGCGCAUCGUGACUCGGACCAAGGCGGUCAUCGCCUUCUGCAUGAUGUGGACCAUCUCCAUCGUCAUCGCCGUGCUGCCCCUGCUGGGCUGGAACUGUAAGCGCCUCAAGUCGGUGUGCUCGGACAUCUUCCCCCUCAUCGACGAGAACUACCUGCUCUUCUGGAUCGGGGUGACUAGCGUGCUGGUUCUUUUCAUCAUCUACGCCUACAUCUACAUCCUGUGGAAGGCGCACCACCACGCCGUGCGCAUGCUAAGCCGCACCUCCCAGAAGAGCCUGGUGGUGUACUCGGCGGACGGCACCAAGGUGCAAACCACUCGCCCCGAGCAGGCCCGCAUGGACAUCCGCCUGGCUAAGACCCUGGUGCUCAUCCUGGCGGUGCUGGUCAUCUGCUGGGGUCCGGUCCUGGCCAUCAUGGUCUACGACCUCUUCUGGAGGAUGGACGACGACAUCAAGACGGUGUUUGCGUUCUGCAGCAUGCUGUGCCUGCUCAACUCCACCGUCAACCCCAUCAUCUACGCCUUGAGGAGCAAGGACCUGCGCCACGCCUUCCUCAGCUCCUGCCAGGCCUGCAGGGGCAGCGCCCAGCAGCUGGACAACAGCCUGGAGUCGGACUGCCAGAACCGGAACAUCUCGGCCAACAGGGCGGCAGAGAGCUGCGUGAAGACCACUGUGAAAAUCGCCAAAGUGACCAUGUCCGUGUCCACCGAGACGUCGGCGGAGGCCGUCUGAUCAUCUUUGUUUUCCGACCUGACAAUGACGAGACAUUUUUUCAGUUCUGAGCACGGAGCGCGUGCCAAAGUGCCAAAUUGGUAUUACAAGGUGGAAGGAAGCGUGCAUUUUAUAUUUUUGUAUUGUCAAUUCAGGUUUUGAAAAUCUUCACGUUCGGGACAAGGGGCUACAAACAAUUGUUCUACGGUGUCUCUUUUCAUGUACCUUCUUCUUCAUCUUCUUAAUACUUUUGUGGGAGUCGUGUACCACGUGAGUGGCGAAUCAUACGGUGUCUCUUUUCAUCUACAUUCUUCUUCAUCUUCUUAUUACUUUUGUGGGAGUCGUGUACCACAUGGGUGAUUCAUGCUAAGACUAAAUAUACCGUAUUUUCCGGACUAUAAGCCGCCACGUUUUUUCGAUGUUUUGAAUCAUGCGGCUUGUAAAACGGUGCGGUUAAUUGAUUGAGUUUUCUUCGUUUUGUAUUCAACAAACAGUUUUCAUAUUACACCAAAAAGGUGUGUUAUUGUUUGCGCUAUAGCGCCAUCUUUUUUGGACGAGUUCACUCAGUGCAGGUGCUGCGGGUUGAAAAUGUACUUUCUGUUUAAUGCCUUGAACCGGAAGUAUAACCGUUUGUAACGUUUGUAAGUUUUACAAUGCAACUAAAAUGAUUCAUACUUUAUACAUGCUAAACUGUUCCAUGUGUGAUGUCUGUCGGAGUGUUUUCAUGCACAUUUCUACGUGCUAUCGUAGUGUGACCAAGCUAGCGUUGUCAGCAUUAGCGAAUAUGUGUAUGUGUUAGUAAUAUUAACUUACAAUGGCAUUCUUUCUUGUAUUGUUUCAGUUUCAUAAAUUCACCGAAACGUCACCGUGGCGUUGUUGAGUCUUGUUUAGCUGAUUGGAGAGCUAGCUUCCGCAGCUAGUAGGUCCAUGACGAUGACUCCUGUUUUUGCUUGAUCUGCCGUUUUACUGCCGUGUGACAGGAACAAUUAAGGUAUGUAAAUAAACAUCUACAAAAUAUUUUGUACCGGUAUACAGUAUAUCUGCGGCUUAUAGUUCGGAUUGGCCAAUAUACAUAUUUUUUUCUUCUAAAAUUAGGUGGGUGCAACUUUUUAGCCCGGAAAAUACGGUACUCGCUUUCAAGUUAAAAAAAAUAACAUCUAAAUGGAUGCUUUGUACGUUUUUGGAUUUUUUACUUUUGUAAGUGUACCCAUGUCUUUAUUAAACUAUGUGCAAUUCAACUGAAGGCGCAGGGGCCAAAUCUGGCCCGGGAAUGACACCGGUCCCUGUGUUCAGUUCAAAUCUUGGGAGACAAAUUCCGAAAAAAACAUGCUCCUGUUGUACAGAGGAACUUGGACCACUGUAAACACUUGCGUUUGCAAUUUUAACCUUGCCAGAAAAUAUACAACAUCGGAGUCCAAACUUUUGAUUUACAUAACUGAGGCGUUCCUCAAGGCACCCGUGUAAGUCGUCUACUUUUUAGCUUUUCUUUUUGCAAUGUGAUUUAUACAACUAAGAUGUUGCUGUAGCUUGUUCACUUCGGAUGCAGUCAGCAGUCAUUUCGUCAAAUUAUUCAGUGAUACUAGUAGUGUUCCACUAGGUUCCGUCUUCGGUCCUCUCUUUUUCAUUAUUACUGGUGGCUGGCAAGUUGAGUACACAAAACUUCUUUGCAUCACAUUCUUAAAAACGCAAGAAUACUCAUGUUGUAUGGAGGAAAUCGGACCACUGUAAACACUUGCAUUUGCAUUCUAACCUUGCCCACACCGGGGUCCAAACUUGUGAUUUGCAUAACUGAGGCGUUCCUCAAGGCAUCUCCUUUUUAGCUUUUCAAAUUUUUUUUAUUUAUUGCAAUGUGAUUUAUGUGACUAAGGUGUACAGUCAGCAGUCAUCUAGUCAAAUUAUUCAGUGACUCUUGCGGUGUUCCACAAGGUUCAAUCUUAGGUCCUCCCUUUUUCAUCAUUUGGGCUUUUCAAUGGGUGGCCGGCGAGUUCAGUUCAAAAAAGUUUGUUGCAUCACAUUCUUAAAAACGCAAAAAUACUUAGACCACUGUAAAAACUUGCAUUGACAUUUCAACCUUCCUAGCAAACAUAGAACACCGGGGUCUAAUCUUUUACAUAACUGAGACGUUCCUCAAGGCACCCCUUUAAGUCCUCUCCUUUUUACCAUUUUUUUUUCUCCGUAAUGUGAUUUAUGUAACUAAGGUGUGGCUUGUUUACUUCAGAUGCAGUCAGUAGGGGUUUGUUGAACUUUUUCAGUUAUACUAGUGGUGUUCCUCAAGGUUCCGUCUUAGGUCCUCUCUUUUUCAUCAUUUGGGCUAUUCAACUGGUGGCCUGCAAGUUCAGUUAAAAAAAAACUUCUGUGUAGCAGAUUCUUAAAAACACUAGAAUGCUGUCAGAGACAUGAUCUCCAAACAACUAGACCAAAAUCACGUGUCUACUGGUUCUCUGGAAUAUACAAAAUAAGACUACAAGUCGUUAAACAUCUGAAAAUGUGGCCCCAAAACCAUUUUGUUGAAUAUCCCUGUUAUAUCACAGUGUAAAGUGUUGUUUUGAAAAAAAAUAUGAAAAAAAAAAUAAAUAAAAUGAAUUAGGACACAGUGUGCUGGUCACUGCUGUGCAGGAAAAAAAACUGAAGUGGCUUCAAUCUGCGCGUUUGCUACAUUGUAUGUUGGUGACGUUACCUUGUGGCUUAGUGAUAAUAUCUCCAAACCAAAGCCUUUAAUUAAUCAAUGCAGUUUUUAGUGCUACUGUGGAGUGUUGGUUUUUUUUGGGCAAAAAAAAAAAAAGAUAAAAAGCCCACCGAUUUAGUGAAGUAACCUUGGCGUGGUCAUUUUUACAUGUCAAAAUAAAGAACCAGACCAGGCUUGAAUGGAGCAGAAUCCCUGCAAAAGAUGUGAUAUUUCUUUUUUUCAAAUGAGCAAUGUAGUACUUUGAAGCACAAUGUAGGCUUUUGACGUUUAUCCAACUGUGUACCGCUGCCUCCGCUGUUAUGGGAUGGUGAAGAGGGGCGAGGGGGAAAAAAAAACAUGUCAAAUGUCAAGUGGCUUCUGUACAGUGCUGGCAAAAAUGAGGAGUAAAUCACCUCGAAAAGAACAAAAAUAUGUUUUUACGAGUGUUACUGUUUCAAUAAAGUUGCAGCUGAUUGUCA